UUAUUCAUCACUGUCACUUAAUUUUCACAGUUUAUUUUCACCGUGUUCUAUUCUUCUCUUUUCCUUGUGUCAAUUAAACCAUAGUAGAGAUAUCAUGGCUCAGAAGACCAAGAUUGGCAUCAAUGGAUUUGGAAGGAUUGGUCGUUUGGUUGCUAGAGUGGCCCUACAAAGAGAUGAUGUAGAGCUUGUUGCUGUUAAUGACCCUUUCAUCACAACAGAUUACAUGGCUUACAUGUUCAAGUAUGAUACUGUUCAUGGUCAAUUCAAAAACUGUGAGAUUAAGAUUAAGGACAGUAAAACCCUUCUCUUUGGUUCUAGCUCAGUCAAUGUGUAUGGUAUAAGGAACCCAGAGGAAAUUCCAUGGAGUGAAUCUGGAGCUGAUUUUAUUGUUGAGUCCACAGGAGUUUUCACUGAUAAAGACAAAGCUGCUGCCCAUCUGAAGGGAGGUGCAAAGAAGGUUAUAAUUUCUGCACCAAGCAAGGAUGCUCCUAUGUUUGUUGUUGGAGUCAAUGAAAAAGAGUACAAGUCUGAUAUCACAGUCGUUUCUAAUGCUAGUUGUACCACCAACUGUCUUGCUCCACUUGCAAAGGUUAUUCAUGACAAAUUUGGAAUUGUUGAGGGUCUCAUGAGCACUGUUCAUUCCAUGACUGGU